UGAUGUCUCUCCGGCGCGCGCGUGUCUCGCGGUCAGUCGGUUUCUGAGCCGGUGGAUGAGAGGGAGAGCAGACACGCGGAGCGGAGCACGCGCUGCCCAGAGGGGCGUUACCGGGGGAGUGUGGGCUGAUAGUGAAGGACUGCAUUACGAGGCAGACAGUGAGGGUCCCGGGGGUCCCGUAAACAACACAGAAACAACCACACACUACAGACACGCAGAGACACACACAACCAUGAGGAUCCACCUGACAGUUCACCUUCAGAUCCUGCUGGCAGUUGGCCUGGCCAUCUUCUGCUUCUGCCUUGUAUUGGGCUGCAUCAUUUGCUGGCGCCGCAGGAAGUCCUUCUCCUAUAGUGACAAAGAGGCGGGGCUCUCCCUUCCCUCUGGUACUCUGGAUCAUGUGACUGUGACUUUAAGUCCUUCCCCAUCCAUCAAUGUCCUACCCAUCAAACAACAGUAUGAAGAGCUUGACGGUGAUGUAUUGGACUAUCCACCUCAGGACAGCAGUUCCACUCCCUCAGAGGAUGACCUGAGCUCUCUUUCACGUGUCCAGGUGGAUCCAAAAGGGCCUCAGAAGUCUAGCUUCCCCCUGCGGCGCCUCAGUUCGCCGGUUCUGUGUUCCUCUCCCUCUAAACUGUCCGUCCGUGGCCGUGCCUCCCUCCCCAGCAUCCCUAAACUCGGCCUGGUGUCUAAAACCCGCCGCGCCUUGGACCGUCGCUCCACAGUGGCUGGCGACAACUUCUUGUGCACAGAAAACAGCAAGCUGACCAGUGGCGACCAACAGGGGGCGCUGUCUUCAUCCCCAUAUGGCUCCAGUCCACAGUGGGAACCAUCGUCGCCUAAGUACGGCUCCAGCUCCAGACGCAGUUCCAUUUCCAGCAAGCAACCACCAUCCCUGCACUUUACCCUGCUCUUCUCACCAGCAGAGGGCACUCUUACAGUCACAGUCCUGGGGCUGUUCCGGGCUUCCCGCAGGGUAAGUGGGGCAACAGUCCGAGCCAGUUUGCCCCCUGUCUGCCCAGCUGCCCUGCAGGGGGUUCCAGCACGGAGGCACAGUCUGAGUCCAGAGCCCCAGGCUCAGGUCCUCACCCUGCAGGCUGGCUCUCUGGAGGAGCUGAAGUCCUGCACACUGAGGCUGGUCGCUUACGGCAAAGAUUUCUCCGGCCUCCGGGAGACGCCACUGGGGGACCUGGAGCUGACCUGUGCAGAGAUGGACUGGGAAGCAGACGCAGCUGUCAUGUACAACCUCCAGCUCAACCCAGCAAGGAGGAGGCUCAAAAAGAGUCAGAGCACUCAGGAGUCACUGGGCAGUCUGAAGGUGUGUCCCUCCAGACCCCUGGGUCAGCUCUUCAUCCUGCUCCAGUACCAGACGCAGGCCCAACGCAUCAAAGUAAUGGUGCGCAAGGCGGAGAACCUGGCCAAGCUAACUAGAAUGCCCGGAGCUGCAGAUCACUACGUUGUCAUCAACCUGCGGCAGGGUGGGAAAGUGAUCUGCACUAAGGAGACGAAGGGAGCGAGUGGCUCUAAUGCGGUUUGGAACGCACCUUUCCUGUUCGACUUACCAGCUGGUGACAUCGUCAGGCUUUCAUUGGUCUUGGAGUUCAUCGUCAUGCAGGGGAGGCUGUACACAAAAAGCAGUGUCUUGGGCCGCGUUCUGAUUGGUUACGAGGGUCCGGAGGCGGGGCAGCAGCACUGGAAAGAGAUGUGUGAUCGAGGGCAGGUGGAGACCGCACGCUGGCACACACUCCAGCCAGAUACACUGUAGGACUGAGUCUUAAUGAUGGACAUUAAACCCCCAGAUCAUGUGGGUUUUGAAGCAUUCUCCACUGCCGUGGCCUCUGUCCGGGCUCUGAGUAGUGAACGGAACUGUAGAGAGAGAGAGAGAGAACCAGCUGAAAAAAACUGUCCACAAGGCUGGUUAUAAUGUGAGUGUCUGUAUAUGAAUUGUAAGUACUGUAUUUAUUAAUGAACAAUGUGAAUAGUUGCAGAUAUUUUUUCCAGAUUCUCAAAGAUUGCCAAGAUUGCCAGAUUGCCAAACUAGCUUUGUGGCAAUGUGUGGAAAUAGUGUUGAAUUUUGUGAGAUAUGAAAAGACUUGAUGAUGAAUAUGAUGGCUGUCUGUAUGUGCAUGUCUUCGUUUUGAUGUCUCGUUCUGUCUUGGUUCACUUGGUGUUGUAAGACAUUAAAGUAGCUGCUGCCGAACUGUCCAAUCAGAAAGUUAUAGAGCAAUGGUUUGGCCAAGAAUUCCCAAAACAUAUACUUUUAGUUUUGUACCGUUUUCACUCCUGAUAUGAGAUGUAUUCAGCCAGAACACCUGAUUUUUGGCCAAAUUAUUGCUUUAGAAUACAGCUAUUGGUUGUGUGUAUUUCUCUGACUGCAUGUUUGAUCCUGGAAGUAAACUUCAUUUCUUGUGGUGUUGAACUCUCCACUCUGA